GUCGAGGACGCACUGUGACCCGGAAGCGAUCCUGGGACGCCGACGGCAAGAUGGCGGCGCGAGCAGCGCUCGGGGCCUGGUGCCGGCGUCUCUGGCAGGGUUCGAGGGAUUUUUCUGUAAGCAGUUCUAAGAGCAGAACAUCCAAAAAUGGUGCCUUUCUUCUCAGUUCCAGUAUGAAGUGGGUUCAGUUUUCAAACCUACACGUUGAUGUUCCCAAGGACUUGACCAAGCCUGAGAUAACUAUUUCUGAUGAACCAGACACAUUGUAUAAGCGCCUGUCAGUUUUAGUAAAAGGCCAUGAUAAGGCUGUGUUGGACAGUUACGAAUAUUUUGCCGUGCUUGCUGCUAAAGAACUUGGUAUCUCUAUUGAAGUGCAUGAACCUCCAAGGAAAAUAGAGCGAUUUACUCUUCUCAAAUCAGUGCAUAUUUUCAAGAAGCACAGAGUUCAGUAUGAAAUGAGAACACUUUACAGAUGCUUAGAGCUAAAACAUCUAACUGGAAGUACAGCAGAUGUCUACUUGGAAUACAUUCAGCGAAACUUACCUGAAGGAGUUGCCAUGGAAGUUACAAAGACAAAAUUAGAACGGUUACCAGAACACAUCAAGGAGCCAAUCUGGGAAAAGAUACCAGAGGAAAAGGAAGAAAGCAAGUCAUAAAGUCUCAGACUAGUUGUGCGGGCUUUUGAAUGCGGGCGGGCAGCCACGUGGGCUCAAGUGGAGCGUGCUGCCAAUUGAGACGGUUCACUGUUGAGUCCACAUGUCCUGAUCAUGGGCAGCAGGGGAUGGAGCACUAAGGAUACAAUGGCCUGCAGUGGAAGAGCCACUUUCUCUGUCCUUUUACACAUGUCAUCAUUUCAGUUCUGAUUUUACCAAAUGUGAGUAAACCGUUUUGACCACUAUGUACCAAA